AUGAUUACAACGACGUACAGUCGGAUGACCACCAUCACCACCACAUCUCUGCACACGCAAAACAACGCAGGGCCCCGAACAUCCGCGCUCUUGCGUCCCGCUCCCGAUAUCAACAGUGCCUGGACGAUGUUCAAGUCAACCAACGCGUACGACGACUUGGUUCAGCGGGCCACCUCGGAGAACCUGACUUCAGAGAACUGGGAUCUAAACUUGACGGUGUGCGAAAAGGUGUCCAGGGGAGGAUCUCAAGGUGCGAGAGAUGUCGUUGCCUCUCUGUCUAGGCGCAUUCAACACAAGUCGGCCAACGUGCAGCUCUUUUCGCUCACCCUCUGCGAUUCUCUGUGCAAGAAUGUGGGAGCGGAUGCCAAGAGGGAAUUGGCUGGCAAGGGCUUCUUGGAUCAGAUCAAGAGGUUGUUGAAGGAUGCGACCGCUCACAUGGUCGUCAAGCAAAAAACUUGGAGGCUGCUCAACGAGUGGAAUACAGAGUGGGGCAAUCGCGAGGAAGGUGGUUUGCUGUCGGAAACGCUUCAAAGCUUGAGAGGUCAAGGUGAGCAACUUGUUCCACAGCACCGCUUGCCGCGAAGGUCCGAGCCUCGUUGAAUCGCUGCUUACUCCCGCAUGCGCGCACCGCAUCCUCGCUCCUCGCAGGCGUUUCAUUUGACGUUCAACAGCCUGCUGCCCCUCCGAAGCCGGUCAGUGCUCUGUGCAGCUGCUGAGGGUUGAUGUUCCCGCUUUCUGCCUUGUUCUCACCAUUACUGUAUCCUGACCACCCCGACAGUCUGCUGCGCAGCUCUCACGGGAAGAUGAGGAGUUGCAACGCGUUCUGGAGCUGUCAAAGCUGGAUGUGGGGGGUCGCUCAUCCUACAAUCCUUCCACGGCCGACAGCAGCGGCUAUGUUCCCAACACCACCCGGACGUCGAGCAGCACAGCUUUUAGCUCCGCGCCUUCUGCCCCCUCGCAGCCGCCUGUCGUUGAGACGCCAACUGCACAGGCUGCUCCCGCAAAGGUGCGUGCACUGUACGACUUUGCACCUACGGAGCACAACGAGCUGGCAUUCUACAAAGGCGACGUCAUCAGAGUUCUCGACUCUCUGUACGAACACUGGUGGCGCGGCGAAUUGCGAGGUCAAGCGGGAAUCUUUCCCGUCAAUUACGUCGUGAGUACAACGGUGCGAAAGCAACACAGGGCGUUGGUUUGACCGACACCCUCGAGACUUGCCACGUGUCAGGAACCGCUUCCGGACAAGACGCCAGUCGAAUUGCAAAAGGAAGCAGAAGGCGAGGCUGCCGUGUUUGCAGAGGCCGCCAACAUUGACAAGCUCGUUAACAAACUGCGCAGCUUUGAUCCCGCUCGUCAAAGCUUGGCGGAAGAUGAUGAGCUUCAAGUGAGGGCGCGGUGCGUUCCGUGAGGACCGAGGGACGCGUGCUGAUCACUGAGUCGGUCUGGCACGCAAUCCAUUUUAGGAUUUGUACCAACAGUGCAUUUCGCUUCGACCAAAGAUCGUUCGUUUGAUGGAGCAGUACAAUCACAAGGUGACUGAUUUGAGAAACCUAAACGAUAGCUAUAUCCACGCUAGGGGAGUCUUCGACUCUGCUAUUGCAGGUCCCCAAGCUCAACCUCAUUUUGGCGCGCCGCAUCAAGCACCGCCGCCAACGUUGCAAAGGGCAGAUUCCUUCGCAUCGACCGCGCACUCUGAUGGUCGCGCGCCAUCGGCUCAGCCUUUCUCACCAUAUGCGCCGCAGCAGGCAGCUCCAUGGGCACCUGGUUGGCACCAACAACAGCAAUAUCCGCAACAGCCUGCCAGCAGCGCUCAAUAUCAAGCGCCACCGCCGCCGCAUCAGCAACAGGCACAGCAGCAGCAUCAACCCCAAGGUCAAAUGUAUCCCAACCCAAACGAUCCAGGCUACGCUGCUUGGUACUACUCUCAGCCGCAAUUCCAACAAGGUGCUGCCACACACGCUCAGCAGUGA